AGUUUUCAAAUUGUAUUUGUUGUUUGAGUUAUUUUGUUGCCAAUUAUAUGAUAGUAAUGUUGAGAUAUAUGAGUAGAAAGUUGUUUGUGAGUCACAAGAAAGUUAAGAAGCAAAGAAAGGCACGAAAAGUCGUGAAUAAUAGGAACAGGACUUCUAAAGAGCGCCGGAAUAAGCUCUCCAGUGAUUUGCGAUCACAGGUCCUAUCAGUCGAUGACUUGAGCGGAUCAGAUAUGCCAAGAGAUAUAGAAGUUGCAAAUUGGAUACUAGAUGUACACCAAAACUUAGCGCAUAAAUCGCGUUCAAUGUCACCGACUCGUAGUCCAACAUAUUCUUAUAAUUCACCACUUUUUCAUCCGCCAACACCUGUGCGCAGUUCAUCCCGAAUGGCUUUCCAAAGAUAUAACAGUUUGGGUCACAAUUAUUCUUUAGCAACCAGUCCUUUGACUUAUUCAACUGGUUUAGUGCAAAGAAAUUAUGUCAAAAAACGUAUGAAUAGAUCCGGUGAUAACAGAAUGAGUCCGUUAAGUACUAAUGAAAAAUCUAAGAAAACUACUAAAAGUAAAACCAAAAAAUCUGAGCUAAAAAACAAAAAUAUUUCAAAAACUAAAACUAAAAGUAAGGAUAAAAAUGGAUCAAAAAGUAAAAGAUCGCAUUCAAGGGACAGGUCAUUGUCCAAGAAAUAUAAGGGGGGCGAACGGGUUGGGUGGGAGUUUCAAAAUGUAACUCUUACUCGAGUUCCCGGAUAUGGCUUUGGUAUAGCCGUUAGUGGCGGUCGCGAUAACCCGCACUUUAUUAAUGGCGAUCCAGCCAUCGCUAUAUCAGAUGUACUCAAAGCGGGUCCGGCUGAAGGAAAACUACAAAUCAAUGAUCGGGUGAUGAGUGCUAACGGUGUGUCCUUAGAGAAUGUCGAUUAUACCACUGCUGUGAAUGUAUUGCGUGAGUGCGGCAAUACUGUCAACCUAUUGAUCAAACGGAGGACUUUAUUACCAAACAGUGAUUUAGUUAAAGUAACGCUCACUAAAAGCAACAAAAAAGAUGACUUUGGUAUAGUUCUCGGCUGUAAAUUCUUUAUCAAAGAGAUAACAAACAGAAGUCUUAUUGACAAAGAUUCGUCAAUUAAAGAGGGAGAUGUCAUCAUCAAAAUAAACACUUCGAGUACUGAAAACUUGAGUUUAAAAGAAGCAAAAAAGUUAAUUGAAAACAGCAAAGAAAAGUUAAAUUUAGUUAUAAGUCGAGAACCAAAUGUUAGUAAUAACAGACAGAGCGAUAGCAAUAUCAAUGGUUAUCCUAACGGACAGUCCAGAUGGUCAACAGCUAAUCUAUAUGAUAAUGCAAUGGCAAUCAAAGACACGUACGAUAAUAUUAAUAACGCCAAUCGAUCAUCUAAUUGGGGAACUCAUAAUCAGAAUGUUUACGUCCAACCGCCUACAAGAGGAGAUUAUGGACACAACUCUGAUGAUAAAAACAAUUUAUUAUCGAUAGAUCGUUCAAUUGGUGGACCCUCUGGAAGAAAUCGUGGUCCAAUUUCAGACAUAUCAUUACAACAAUUGGAUCAGCCUUCGACUCCAUUAAUGACAAGCCAUUCCCGAAACGCUUCUUUGCCAAAUGAUACUGAAGCGCCACCACGACCUCCUCUACCUCGACCUAAUCAUUAUGAUGACGAUCCUUUGACUCGUAGGAAACAACAAACAGUUAUUUCUGAUCCACGUUUUAUAUCUUUUCAUAAAGAAGGAAGUGUAGGCAUUAGACUUACUGGUGGUAAUGAAGUCGGCAUUUUUGUUACGGCUGUACAACCGGGAAGUCCGGCCUCUUUGCAAGGCUUGCAAUCAGGAGAUAAAAUGCUUAAAGCAAAUAAUAAAGACAUGAGAGGAGUGACAAGAGAGGAUGCAGUAUUGUUUUUAUUAAGUCUUCAGGAACAGAUUGAUUUAGUGGUUCAGAAUCGCAAAGAAGAAUACGAUGAAAUUGUUGCCAAUCAAAAGGGAGACUCGUUUUAUAUAAGAGUGCACUUCAAUUAUGACAGCGAAGGAAAGGGUGAACUAUCGUUUCAUGUCGGAGAGGUAUUUCAUGUGGUCGACACACUCUUCAAUGGUGUUGUUGGUUCGUGGCUUGUCUUUAGAUUGGGACGUAAUAACCAAGAAAUCCAAAAAGGAUCCGUUCCUAAUAGAAACAGAGCUGAAGAAUUGUCUGCAGAGCAAUGCACAGAAAAGUCUAAAAAGACUGACACAAAUACAUCAGAAAGAAGGGGUAGUUUUUUCAAAAGAAGAAGUGCUCGACGGUCUAAAUCAUUGAGUAAAGAUCACUGGGAAGAUGUGGUGUUUGGCGAUAAUAUGUCUAAAUUCUCAGCUUAUGAAAGAGUAACUCUUAAACAUCCGGGUUUUAUAAGACCAGUUGUAUUGUUUGGUCCACUGGCAGAUGUGGCGCGAGAAAAGCUGAUGAAAGACUAUCCGGACAAAUAUGCGUUCCCACAGCUCGACAAUCAGUUAGAAGACGUUCCCAAAGCUUCAAAACUUAACGGAAUUGUCAAACUCAGUGCUAUUCGAGAUAUUGUCGAUAAAGGAAAGCAUGCAUUACUUGACAUAACUCCCAGUGCUGUGGAUCGUCUCAAUUACGCUCAGUUUUAUCCGAUUGUUAUAUUCAUGAGAGCAGAAAAUAAAUCAGUUAUUAAAGAAAUGCGUUCCCGUCUCUCAAAAUCUGUUCACAAAAGCUCUCGUAAACUCUACGAACAGGCCGUCAAACUGGAGAAACUUUGGUCUCAUAUAUUUACCGCAUCCGUAACUCUUACCAGUGCUGACAUGUGGUAUAAGAAGUUACGCGAAACCGUUGAUAAACAGCAACAACAAAGCAUUUGGGUGUCAGAGUCUAAACCUGAAGAACCCAUUGGCGAUGACUUUUUGUUUCCGAUGAUAUCACGACUGAGUUAUGCCUCAUCGCCAGAAAGUGAUCUCGACUUAGCCAAUGAGUUACGACUUGAUGAAGAAGAAGAAAAUGCUCAUCGAUUGGUAAAAGCGUCGAGUGAUCCGAGUAUUGCCACAGCAGAUGAAAAUCCAGUUGCAAUGAACAGCUUUGGUUAUCCGCCGCCAUAUAGUUUACGUCCGCCAAACAAACAGCUUCCGCUUCACAUACUUUUGCGAAAGGAACUGUCUAAAGCAUUGACCAUCGAAGCCAAAUCUAAGACAUCGGGUGCACAAAAUGCAAUUUCUUCACAUAACUCCACUGCCAUAACUAAUACCGAAAAAGAAUAUUUUGGAUCUCCAAAGGAUUCAUCUUCAGCUUAUAAUACAUUAAAAGCUGGGGAACGUUAUCCUGCAGCACCGGUUCCACCAAAUGAUAAUAUAUAUGGUACAAAGACAGGACCAGAACCUCCUCCCAGAAUAGACCGCAAUAAUAAGCCUUCGAGGUUUAGGAGUGCUCACGAAAGGCUGUUUGGUAGACGAGAUAGAGAGUCAUAUACUGCUUCCGACUACAUAAACACAUCUUCAGCGAUGCCUUCCUCACAAAAAUGCGAUUCAUUAGAGAGAACGACAAUAACUAACGGCAAACAACAUAUCAACGGCGCCUUUGGUGAUAGUUCUUCAUAUAGCAGUGACUCGUAUAACAAAUACGGUAGUCCUACGGGAACUCUUGAUAACAAACAGAAUUAUAAUACCACUUCAUCUAAUGGACGACCGGCUCACGAUCCCUAUAGAUUUACAAGAAGUACAGCACAACCACAUCCAAGCACUUCAAUGAAGCCACAGAGUCCUGAGCGCUCUAUUAAACCAAUGUCUCCUCCAAAUAAAUAUCAAAUUGAUGCCAUCCAGAGUAGACCAGUACCACCAUCACCGCCACCAAAACCGACUAAUAAGUAUACAUCUCGAUUGCCAUCCGAUGGUAGACCUGUGCCGCCACCUAAACCAUCUCAUUAUCCAUCGAGAUCUUGGGCUAAUAGUACUGAUAAUGAUAUGACAGAAUUAAAUCAAAUGUCAACAAAUGGAUUGCAAAACAAUGGUUUUGGUUAUUCACCGGUAUAUCAACAAACAAAGCGCACGACUCAACCUAAUCCUGAUCUAUCUAACGGACCGCCAGCUUAUUAUUCAACAAUGCCAUCAAAGGAUUAUCAAACAGCAAACAUGAGACCACAACCACAGCCUUUAAAUGGAGUCAAUGGAGAAAUUAAUAAUAAUAUAUAUGCAGAACAAUCUUCUUUUGGAUCUCCUAUAAGAAAGGGUCCAUAUUCUGAUACUGACAGUAGUAGUGGUUAUAUGACAGCUAAAAGCAAUUAUGAUAAGCGUCCGGUCUAUAACUCAUUUGCAAAGAUUAAUUCUUCGCCAAUCAAAGACAAUUAUGCCACAAACGGGCCGUAUCUCAACGUCCCGUAUCCGCCAAAGCAUUCGCGUACCUCAACAUUUACAACACAACCGCCACCCCCUCCAAUACCAACACAGUCCUCUCAUGUAAUACAACCGCCGCCAAGUAUUUUGGAUUUACAGCAAAAUCGUGAACAUCGCGGAAGUGCUUUUGAAUUGUAUCGCAAACCCAUUGAAACAACACCAAUGCGAUCAACUAAUCUUCAAAGUUUUGGACAUCACGGCCUCCCACCCCCACCCCCUCCUUUGGUUAAUAGCGAUCACAACGAUAAAUCCAUCACAUCUUCAGUAGACAGCAGUCAUCACACGAUUAUCGCGACUGCAAAAGGAUUGUUCACUAAUGAUGGAGGAAUACUCACAUCAGAUGAAACUGGAGUUAGUGUUAUUAUACCUCCCGGUGCGAUACCCAAAGGACGUCAACAAGAAAUUUAUUUCAAAGUCUGUAAGGAUGACAAAAUGGUUCCGCCAUUGGACUCGGAAAAAGGCGAAACUUUAAUGAGUCCUAUAGUGAUGUGUGGACCGCAUGGACUUAAAUUUGAUGUACCGGUUGAGUUACGACUUCCUCAUUGCGCGUCAGUUAAUCCCGACGGUUGGGCUUUUGCUUUGAAAUCAAGUGAUACUAAUAAUGGUGAACCGUCUGAGUGGCAAAAUGUAUUGUUGGAUACUAAUGAUGGCAUAUCUGGUCCCAAAUUAGACAAUAAAUUUGUAUCGGUUUUAGUCGACCACUUCUGA